AUGAAAAGUGUGUCGUGGAUAAAAAAUCGGAAAAAUAACAACGAAGAGAUUCAGAACAUAAAUGUGGGAAAUGAAGCCAGUGGAUCUGGCACCCAGUCGAUUUUAAUGGAUGAUUUCCCGAAAAAAAAAAGCGACUUAGAUGUUAGUCACUUGGAGCAUGCCACGGAUUCUGCCAGUCCCGAUGAUGAAAGCCAUCAUGUGGCUACGCAAUUGAUAGACGCAACCGAGGAGGCCAGAGAGGCAGACGAAAGCGAGAGAAAUAUGCCUCUCAUGCAAGCAUUGAAAACGUACCCAAAAGCUGCUGCAUGGUCGCUGUUGGUCUCGACGACACUGAUCAUGGAAGGUUACGACACUGCAAUUAUCGGGGCUUUCUUUGCAUUGCCCAUUUUCCAGCGAAAUUUUGGAUCUGAGAAUUAUCUUACAGGACAAUGGGAGGUUUCUGUUUCGUGGCAAAUUGGUCUGAGUUUAUGUUAUGUGGCAGGUGAAAUUGUUGGUUUGCAAAUGACAGGUUAUUUCGUGGAUUAUCUAGGCAACCGGUUUACUUUGAUCCUGGCGCUGUUUGCCCUGGCCGCUUUCACCUUCAUACUGUAUUUUGGUAAUAGUCUUGGUAUGAUUGCAGUUGGAGAAGCGUUGUGUGGCAUGCCGUGGGGCUGUUUCCAAGGUUUGACCGUCUCAUAUGCCUCGGAAAUUUGUCCUCUCGCCCUCAGAUAUUACCUCACAACUUAUUCCAACCUUUGCUGGCUGUACGGUCAGCUUUUCGCGGCAGGAAUCAUGAAGAACUCGCAGGAAAAAUACGCCAAUUCGGAGCUAGGAUACAAGCUUCCCUUCGCCUUGCAAUGGAUAUGGCCUCUUCCUCUAGCGAUUGGUAUUUUCUUGGCUCCCGAAUCGCCAUGGUGGUUGAUCAAGAAGGGAAGACUGGAAGAAGCCAAAAGAUCUCUCGAAAGAACACUGAGUGGAAAGGGUGUCGAAAAGGAACGGGCAGUUUUCAAGGAGAUCGAAAAAAUAAGGUUGACCAUUGAACAGGAAAAUAAGCUCAAAGAUGAGGAAGGUAGCUACUUGGACUGUAUAAGAGACAAGGUCAACAGAAGAAGAACACGGGUCGCCUGUCUCACUUGGGUCGGACAAACUACCUGCGGUGCAGCACUGAUGGGGUAUUCCACAUACUUUUACCAAAAAGCUGGCGUAAGUACGGAAACGGCUUUCACCUUCAGUAUCAUACAGUACUGUCUUGGUAUCACUGCAACAUUCAUAUCCUGGUGGUUGUCGAAACGUGUCGGGAGAUUCGAACUUUAUGCUGUAGGGUUGGGUUUCCAGGCAAUAAUGUAUUUCAUUAUCGGCGGUCUGGGAUGUAAUGAUUCCAAGGGUGCAAAAAUGGGUAGCGGUGCAUUGCUGAUGGUUGUGUCGUUUUUCUAUAACCUGGGAAUCGCGCCAGUGGUUUUCUGUCUCGUAUCGGAACUACCCUCUUCCCGCCUCAGGACCAAGACAAUUAUUUUGGCCCGUAACUCCUACAACGUGGUUCAGAUUGUUACCAUGGUGUUGAUUUUAUAUCAACUAAACUCCGAGAAAUGGGACUGGGGUGCCAAAUCAGGGUUCUUUUGGGGCGCUUUCUGUGUUCUUACGCUAGUCUGGGCCGUAAUCGAUCUUCCUGAAACUGGUGGUAAGACCUUUGCCGAAAUCAAUGAGUUGUUUAGAUUAGAGGUUCCAUCCAGAAAAUUCAAGUCAACGAAAGUGGACCUCUUCACGACGAAAGGUUCGGCGGAUGAUUUUGCUGAUUGA